AUCUCAUUCGCCCACUACUCUUCUCUUCCACCCACAACCCACAGCACAGCCCACAAUGUCUGCCCUCCGGCUCCGAUCCCUCCCCGCCCUCAGAGCCCACCGCCCAUCGCCCGUGGCCAGGUCCGUGGCGCUCAGGUCGAUGGCUACCAGACACGGCAACGACCCGGAAGUUCUGCAGAAAGAAAAGGCCCGGAACCUGAGGGGUGAGCAAGACUCUUCAGCGCCGCACAAGGAGCAUGCGCCUGGAUGGAACGAGCACCUUGCUUCUGAUGCCGAGGCCAAUGUAAAGGCGGACCAAGCUGGACCUUCAGGCAAGCCCGGCAAAGAGCUCCAAGAUGCCACCGUCGGUCACAUUGACAAGCACCAUCACAAGGCGGACGGCAAGGCCGGGCACCGAACCCACGAUGCCCCCGGGCCCAGUCCGACCGAUAGCGAAGCACACGUAAAGGCUGACCGAGGGGAAGCGUAAGCUUGGGAAACUCCAGGCCCAUCCCUGGAGCGAUUUGUAUACUUAUUGGUGCCACUUAGGUCAUUUUAUGGGAACACUCCUUGAAAUGAUGGUCCACCAACCAAAUCGUAUCAAUAGUCCAUGUAGCAUCUGAACAGCAAACCACACAACAUCUGAAAAGUCACUCUGAACAUGGCGAAGAAGGAGCAAGGGAGAAACGAGACGCAGUCGAUGGAAACUCACUUAUGAAAUCAAGUAUCUGGCUCACAAUCUGUAUGUAUAUCGUAGUGCAAUGUAUGUGUCCUCGUGGGUGCACCAUCUACCUGAGC